ACCAAAGAGAACACUGUACAGUAAGAAGUAUGGAGUGGACCUCAUCAGGUACACACACGCUGCCAACACUGUCGUGUACAGCUCCAACAAAAUAGAUGAUACGAUCCGAUACCUCUCCCUGCAUGACAACAAAUACAUUCGGUAUUUCCCAGGGCAUACAAAAAGAGUGGUUGCUCUUUCAAUGUCUCCAGUGGAUGAUACUUUCAUUUCUGGAUCCCUUGAUAAAACUAUUCGACUUUGGGAUCUCCGCUCUCCAAAUUGCCAGGGUUUAAUGCAUCUCCAGGGGAAGCCUGUGUGUUCUUUUGACCCAGAAGGGUUGAUUUUUGCUGCUGGAGUCAAUUCUGAAAUGGUGAAGCUUUACGAUCUCCGUUCUUUUGACAAGGGGCCAUUUGCUACAUUUAAAAUGCAGUAUGAUCGAACUUGUGAGUGGACAGGCCUGAAGUUCAGUAAUGAUGGUAAACUCAUCCUCAUAUCGACUAAUGGUGGGUUCAUUCGACUGAUUGAUGCCUUUAAAGGAGCUAUCCUGCAUACAUUUGGGGGUUAUAACAAUAGUAAGGCUGUCACGCUGGAGGCAUCAUUCACACCAGACUCUCAGUUCAUCAUGAUAGGUUCGGAGGAUGGGAAGAUUCAUGUUUGGAAUGGGGAAAGCGGAAUGAAAGUGGCCGUGUUGGAUGGGAAACACACAGGUCCUAUAACCUGUCUGCAGUUCAAUCCAAAAUUCAUGACUUUUGCUAGCGCAUGUUCCAAUAUGGCCUUCUGGUUGCCAACUAUCGACGACUGAUUCCUACGCUGCAGCUGCUGUCAGAUGACAUCUACACUGCUAACAGCAGCACAUCACUGCAAGCAUAGCAUUGGAAUUGCCUAGGUCUCCUAGGCUGUGUUCCUGUUCCUGCAUAUGUCUCCAUAUGUCUUACCUUUAUUUGCUGCGUUCCUUUGUGAGGACUCCUCCACUCGGCCUCCUAGCAUGUUCAGAAGCGGCGUGCUACACGUUCUUACCUUCCAGUCCAUGCCCAGCAGGCUUCAGCCAAAGUUGGAACUCACACAGUAUUAUUUCUGAUAAGAGCAAUGAAGUCUGUUUUAUUUACAAAACGUUUGUGGCAUAUUUUUUUUUACGCUGUAAUUGUGUGUUUCCGUCUGUAAGUGCGCAAGGCUAUUGAGGUUCCAAGGUGGAACGUGCAGUACCUUCCCAUAAGUGCAUAUGUCUUCACAUCUGGGAUCUCUGGUUUCACUGCAGCCCACAGAUGCAAAGUUACUUUUGUGCCAAAUGUGAACACUGACAGUUUUCAACUUAAACAGCAGAUGCUGGAUUCUCUUGCAGUGGAACACACACCGAAAGAGCAAGUGACUGUCAAUAUAUACGAUACAUCCUGUCAUCCUUUUUUUGGGUUAUUUAGUGUGCAACAAACCACAGGUUUUGUCCGCUGCCAGAGCUUGCCGGAAAGCCUCCCUGGUGUUUGAUGUGCCGGCAUCCCGGAGGGCACAGACAGUACUGAGGAGGUCCAGUCAGCGUCCCAAGCAAUAAAGGAGUCUGUCAGCAAGAAGAUGGAGAAACCUACCUGAGACUGAAAGCACAGUCCGCCUGUGUAUCUUUAUUAUGUAUCAUCUUGGCUGAUCUUGCUUGUAAAUAUUGGGAGGGGGCGGGGGGGGGGGGGAAAAAAGGAAUGGGCCAUAUUUUUUUACUUUUAGAUAUUAAAGAGUAUGAUGUGG